AUGUCGACUGACACAUCCGUCAGACAAACCUGGCAGCCCUUGCGCCAGGCUAGCUCUUCCGAGAAUGGCACUGAAAAACGUGAAUCUGGAUUUCUUGAAGACGCCGACCCACUUGAGAAGCGUUCGAACCACCUUACCGAAGAAGAAGCGGCGGAAAUUGUGAAUGCGAUUCUGGUGUCCACAACCGAAGAUCCAAAUGAAUUUAGUACAGAGCUAGAACAUCGAAUCAUUCCCGUGGGUUUCGGUCUGUCACUGGGAGAGCUGAUUUAUGUAAUGGAGAGCGACCAUUGGAAACAAAUAAGAAUGGAGAAAGAAACCAUGGCAGCAAACCAGAAGAUUCAAAGUAUGUUAAAAAAAUUGGCAGAUAGUGGCAAACCAAAACCAGCCGAAUGGGUGUAUCAUCGUAUCGAUCCCGAUGAUGAAAGGAAUCCGACUGACCCCGAGUCUGAAAAACCGGCGAGCCCGCCCUCUUACCUUUAUGCUGCAAACCAGCCCAACAACCCACCGGGUGGUCCAAGUGCUCAACAGGGAAACGGUUCAGCACAUGCAGCAUUGCAGAACCAACAUAACCCGCAGACGGGGGCACAUAACCAGUCAGGCGGUUCAAGUGCUCAACAGGGAAACGGUUCAGCACAUGCAGCAUUGCAGAACCAACAUAACCCGCAGACGGGGGCACAUAACCAGUCAGGCGGUUCAAGUGCUCAACAGGGAAACGGUUCAGCACAUGCAGCAUUCCAGCCUCAAUAUAGCGCGCAGAAUGGCACACGUAAAUUCAAUGCAGCCGAAACAGGCACGCAACAUGCCGCUGGUUCCCGUCAGGUCUUCUCCGUUCGAGCAAAGAAAGUACAACAUCAAGUGACGCCUGGAUUUACAACAUCCGGCGAAGAGAUCUGUUAUAUCCAGCCUCUGGGCAAGGGCCGGGCAAAUUUUGUCGUCAAGUCUCCUGAUGAAUGUUAUAGUCUUGUUGACUGUUCAAUUUCUGGUGGUCCACUGGCUAUUGAAGCUGCUAAGAACGCAGGUAAACCAUUUACUGUGUCAGACGAGGCGAAGCUCAAAGAGUAUCGAGAACUGGUCACACGUGGAGGCCAGUAUGGAAUCUCAUUUGUAGCACCCGGGGCGUGGGAUGCGUCAAAAAAACGAAUGCCGUUCAUAGUGGUUGGUUUCUAUCAUGUUUCGGCUCAGGACCCUAAUAAUACGGUUGAAGCGGCUGUAUCCAGGUCUAACCUGGGCAAGAUAUUGAAGUCACCGCGUCAAGCAGAACACAUGAUCGUGCAGUGCCUGGGUUGUGAGUCGCACUGGAGACUCCGUGAAGCCUUGUCAUUUCAAUUUUGUAUGGAGGCUCCACUCAGUGCAACCCACAUAAACUUUCCUAGUCAACAACCAAUGGCAGCACCUCCCAACCAACCAGGUCCUCCGAAUCAGCAAAAUCACUAUUACGGCGGAUAUUCAAUUCCCCAGCGCAUGGCUCCUGAGUGGAACGAGCAGGUGCCUUGGUGGCUUCAGAAACCACAGCAGGCUAGUCAUCAAUUCCCCACCCAAGAGACCCAAAGCAUACCACACCAGCAACCUGCGGGGGUCUAUCCUCAGUACAUGACGGAGCCAGUGAACUGGCAACAAGCCUUCAAUUAUAUGUCUCCUGCCUAUCAGCAGCAGCCUUUCAUGAUGCCAUAUAAUCCCUUUCAUAUGGUUCCACAGUUGCAGGGGCUGAACCCUAAGCAGGCGAUACCGCAGGAUCUACCAAGCCUAGGACAGCCAAUCCAGUAG